AAAAAGACGGCUAUGCUUAAACUCUGAAGCACUUUAUAAAUAGAUAUUCAUGAGUAUCAGCGAAGACACAGAUCAAAACAUUUGAUUGUGAACGUUAUCUCCAUGUGGACCUAAUCGAUCGAGAAUUUCAAAGAUCAAUAUCGCCAUCUAUUUGAGUGCGUCUGGACGCGUUCGCGAUACAAACACCAGACAUCUAUACAGCUUGCUUGAUAUCAUGUUGGGCGAUGCUUUUGGUCGUCGUGUCGAAUCAAGCGUGGACAAUAAAGCAGUGAAGAUUAACAGAUCAAAGCAAGUGCUCUUGAAGAAAAGAGGACGAAACGUUCACAGCAAAGCCAACAACACAUCAGCAAACAUCCACAGAGGCAGCGCUAAUGAAGAGCUCAAACCUGCUCAGUCCAAACCAGCACCCAAUAAACAGCAGCCGAAGUCCUGCACUGCAGAACGAGGAAGCCAGAUCAGCAGAGCGUCUAUCCUGAACUGCAGCCGCCUGGAGCAAACCACAGACAACCUAAACAGACGGACACAUCAGAGCAAGCACCAAAUAAACGCAAGACAGGACAAGCCCACCUCCACAGAGAAGAGCCCAGAAAACAUCCUGAAGCAGGGGAACGCCUCCACAUCCUCGGAUGCAGAGAAGACGUACGCCGGUGCAAAAUUCAGCGAGCCGCCAUCCCCCAGCGUCCUGCCCAAACCGCCCAGACACUGGGUAGGAGACCACGCUCCUCAGCACACACACAAACACUGCAGCAGAGAGCAGAUGUCUGAACACCUCAAAACACUGCUGAAGGUCCAAACUGACUCACUUUGA